AAAGAAAACAACAAAAUUCAGGAUCACAGAAGAAGUGGAAGAACUUCAACGCCAUCUUGUUCUUCCUCUUCUUCAUCAACAUCAACACCAUUAUCAGCAUCAUCAUCAUCAACCAUUUGUGCGUGUCCUUCCUCAAACAGAUUAAGAUGGGUGAUGUGGUUUCCAAACAGAUUGAGAGGCGCAGAGCAAUUCAAACACAAAAGAAAACUCUUAAUGAUCUCAUGAGAGUCGAAGGUGAAGACUAUCCAGGUUCUGAUUACUUCCUCAUAAACAGGAAAACAUGGAUGCAUGAUCUCAACCCAGAAAAGCUUCAAAUCAAGAAGAUAGUUUGGCCUGGAACCCAUGAUUCUGCAACCGACAAGAUUGGAAUCCCAUUCAUCACUCGCCCUUUUGCUCAAUGCCAAUCUGACUCCAUAUACGAACAACUUUUGAUGGGGACACGCGUUUUAGACAUAAGAGUGCAGAAGGAUAGAAAGGUAUGCCAUGGAAUUCUAACAACUUACAGUGUAGAUAUUGUCCUUAAUGAUAUCAACAAGUUCUUGUCUGAAACCGAGUCAGAGAUCAUAAUCCUUGAAGUUAGAACAGAAUAUGGACAUGAAGAUCCUCCAGAGUUUGACAAGUAUCUAGAGGAAAAACUAGGGGAUUACCUUAUACCAAAUGAUGAAAAAGUUUUUGAUAAAACCAUUGGAGAAGUGCUACCAAAGAGGGUUAUUUGUGUUUGGAAGCCAAGAAAAUUGCCAAAGCCUGAAGCUGGUAGCAUGCUGUGGAGUGAAGGGUAUUUGAAGGAUAAUUGGAUCAACACUGAUUUGCCAGAAACAAAGUUUGAAAGCAACUUGGAUUAUUUGAGCAAACAAGAACCUGUGAAUACUAGAAAGUACUUUUAUAGGGUGGAGAACACGGUUACUCCGGUGCCGGAUAACCCCAUCGUGUGUGUGAAACCAGUGACUGAAAGGAUUCAUGCUUUUGCAAGGCUAUUCAUCUCUCAAUGUUUCACCAAACAGAUUGGUGAUAGGUUGCAGAUUUUCUCUACAGAUUUUAUAGAUGAGGACUUUGUUGGUGCUUGUGUUGGACUCACAUAUGCAAGGGUUAAGGGUAUUGCAUGAAACAAGUUCUGUUAUGUUUUUCUUCAUGUGUUGAUGAUUGAUGAUGUGUGUUAUCCUUCUAGCUUUUUUUAAUUGUACAGAUUUAUUUGUAUUUCAUUUUAAGUUAUGAUGUAAGGUGAAAAAUGGAUGUGUAAUUUAAUUCCCAUGAAGAAAACCAGAAAUAUCAGAGGAAUGAAUAUAAUUUAAUUUUA